AUGAAAACCCCGAACCCCGCCGCGGCGGACCCGACAAUCUCUGAUCAGUCAGACGGGCCCGGUGAAGGUAAAACCAACCAGACCGCGGAGUCUUCAACGGGAUUUGAGCCGAGGGCAUCCCAGUCUCUCCCGGUCUUAGACUCGAGCGACAAAGACGACAAACCUAAUUCCGGACCUUCGUCGGCGGCAGCAUCGGGGGCAGGAGAUCUAUAUACCGGCUCGAUAGAAGAACGGCAAAAUGCAAAAUCCUCCCGACCAUUCUCCGCUUUACGGCGGGCGCUUACAUGGACUCCCAAGCGCUGUCGUUUCGACCCUGAGAACCCGCCCCCGUUCACUUUCGCUCUUAAUAUUCUAUAUGCCUUUUCUGCGUGCUUCACCGUAGCGAAUCUCUAUUAUAACCAACCUAUCCUAAACAAGAUUGCAGAGACUUUCAAUGUUUCCUAUGAAAAGGCUUCUUCCGUAGCAGCUCUCCUUCAGGCGGGCUAUGCCGCCGGACUCCUGUUCAUAUGUCCACUCGGUGACACUGUCAAGAGGCGCCCCUUCAUCCUCUCUUUGAUCUGGCUUACUGCCAUGGUGUGGCUCGGUCUCUGCAUUACCAACAAUUUCACCGUUUUCACCGUCCUCUCCUUCAUCUGCGGCGCAACGACAGUAACCCCCCAGCUCAUGCUACCGCUGGUGGGUGACUACGCCCCAGCGCACCGCAAAGCAAGUUCCAUCUCGAUCGUCGUUUCGGGCCUUAUGCUCGGAAUGCUCGUCGCCCGCCUCCUCUCCGGCAUCGUCUCCAACGAGACCGACUGGCGGAACAUCUACUGGUUUUCCUUCGGCGCCCAGCAUCUCCUCCUAGUGGCCCUCUACUUCUUCAUGCCGGACUAUCCGUCCACCAACCCAAACGGCCUCAACUACCUUCGCAUGCUUUGGUCCAUCGUUUACAUGUUCUUCACGGAGCCGCUUCUGGUCCAGGUGUGCCUCAUCACCGCCUGUAUGAGCGCCUGCUUCACCGCUUUCUGGACGACGUUGACCUUCCUUCUCUCCUCACCGCCGUAUAACUAUUCGUCCCUCACAAUCGGUCUAUUCUCUCUCAUCGGAAUAGCAUCCAUAGCCGGCGGCCCUGUGUAUGGCCGCCUCGUCACUGACCGCUACGUUCCGUGGAUGUCAUCCCUUCUCGGUCAAAUCGCCGCCUUCACCGGCAUUACGAUCAGCACUUUCACGGGCAAAUUUACCGUGGCCGGGCCCGUCAUACAAGCCGUCACCGUAGACGUUGGCAUCCAGAUGGCACAGACGGCGAACAGGGCUGCGAUCUAUUCGAUCAACCCCAAGGCGAGGAAUAGGCUCAACACGGCUUACAUGGUCAUGGCUUUUGUUGGGCAGCUGUCCGGAACUGCGAUUGGGAACCGACUGUACCAUGCGGGCGGAUGGACGUGGAGUGGUGGGAGCUGCAUGGCAUUUGUUGGGUUUUCUAUCCUCGUCUGCCUCUUCAAGGGCCCUCGUGAACCAGGCUGGUUCGGUUGGAGUGGUGGGCUGAAUUUGAGGAGGGACUCUGAAAAUCCACCAAAGUCAGGCGCCGACACCGAGAAGGCCAUUAAUGGUUCCACGGGGGAGCCGGCACAGGAAGAAAGGAUAACACCUGCACCUACGUCCACAAAAGGACGGACGCCAUCCUCUCCAAACCCAACAAAACAGAACGAAUGA